AGAGCUGUCUCGGCGCUGUGCUAUUUUCAUCGGCGCGCUACCGCUGGCCCAGAUUCGAUGCGACCGUCACGACGUGAGCGUGAUAUCCGAGUUGUCCGCGAGUUCGCUGGACCUCUCGGCUCAUCCAUCUACUACUCUGUUCGUCUGUAAUUCCGAAAUAGUUCCUCGUACGCUGUUCAUCGACCGUGUGUGAGUGUACACAGUCACCGAGACACGGUGUCGAAUUCAGUGGGAAGAUAGUCAAACAAUUAAACUCGUAACUCGAGGGACUCGUUUAUCCGUGAGUCAGAAUCUUUAUAUGACCGCUCACGGGAUCUCCAAGUGAAAUUUCGACAAAUAGGAUCAAGAGUAGUGUGCAUAAGUGCGCGUACGAUGUGACUCCCCGGCGUGCAGUUGUGAUCUCCUCACGCCGUUUGCCAAACAUCACAACCGUGUGACGUGAGUUCACACCUCCACACGUAUUUUUCGUGCCACUGCUUCCCGCGUGAAGGGAAUCGAAGGUCCCGAGUACCAGCCGCACAUCCCGUAUCGUGCCGAUCCUGGCUGUUUCGCCACGACAAAUGACCUUAAGUUUCCUGGUGAGUGCAUCCUCACAUACAUGGAGUUUCAGCUGGAUAGUGCAGAAUACUGCCAGGCUCAACACAAAUAGAGAGACACGCCCAAACACCCUAGAACUCGCUAGGUAUCAUUAAAGGAGGAGUAAGGAGGAAUAUCUUAAUCGGGCAAAGGAAAAUUUGAUAAUAUUGGGAUUGUUGCCUCAAAGUCAGAAAAUCAUCAGCUAGUCAUCACGCGAGACAUAGAGGGUUUUAAUAGAAUCAAUUGUUAAUUUACACUAUUAAAUGCAAGCGUCAUAGUUACUGAGCGCACCUGAUCCAGGCGCACCCAGUGCCAAAUAGAUAAUCUUCCGAAUCGUAGUCAAGGAUUCCAAGUGAGAAUCAAUCGCAUAUCAACAACGCCUAAUGUAACGUAGUCCUCACCCUUCGGCGAAAUUCGCACCCCCACAACCCUUCUCGAGGUCUACAUGUGAACCCACUGUUCUGUCCUCUGUAAAAAAAUAAACAAGUAUUCAAUUAGUUAAAUGAGAAACAACUUAAUAAGACUGACAUCUAUGGGCUAAGUUGUCAAAUUCAGCCUUUGUUGCUUCGUAUAGUGUGGCACGUUUUAAAAGUGAAGAGGAACAGUGUCGUACAAAAUCAUUAAAAAAAGAGUUAGAACGAUAAAAACAGUAGGAGUACACCACUUGUUGUCCAAGAGGAAAUGAGCAACAUGAGGGUGAAGGACAUCAGGCCGGCGCCCGCCGAAAUCGAAUACAAAAACAUGAAGUUCCUCAUCACUGAUCGGCCCAAUGAUCAGACCAUUCAUACUUUUAUUCAAGAACUGAAGAAGCACAAUGUGAAAGAAGUAGUGAGGGUCUGUGAACCAACGUACAAAGUUGAGGAACUUAAAGAAGAAGGGAUCAAUGUCAUAGACUUGGUGUUCGAUGAUGGCACAUUUCCACCAAACGAAGUCGUCGAUGAAUGGUUCGAACUGCUGAAAAAUCGAUUCCGUGAGUCUUCUGAUGCAUGCGUGGCAGUGCAUUGUGUCGCGGGACUUGGUAGGGCACCAGUCUUAGUUGCACUUGCUCUUAUUGAAUUGGGUCUAAAGUAUGAAGAUGCAGUUGCGUUAAUCAGAGAAAAAAGACGAGGCGCCAUCAACGCAAAGCAGCUGGCCUACCUUGAAAAAUAUCGUCCCAAAUCUCGGUUGAAGCUCAAAAAUGGACAGAAGAACUCCUGCUGCGUCCAAUAGAUUAAACGAUUUCUUUGAAAAGUUACUAAUUCAUACUGAUUGGUAUACCUAAUUGUAUAGGUUUUCAUGCCUGGUAACAAGAGACAUACUGUACCGACUCUGUUCUGAAAGGCCUAUAUCAAUGGAAAUGCAACCGAACUACUUACACAGUUUUAAAUGUCAUAUUUUGCAUCAUCCGAUUCUCCGUUAUAAAUCGAGCAAUUGAAAAGUGAAAUUAUUUAUAAUUAUUUUCACUUACCUUUUAUGAAAUUUUUGUAUUUAUUUUUGAUAUCGAAUCAACGUUAAAUCCUAUUGAACAGGAAGAAGCCUUCUACUUACGAUAAAAGGAGGAAUAAAUUUGAAUGGAUCUGAUUACCUACAUAACAAAAAAUUAGAUCAACUUGUACAUUACACGACAUACAUACUUAGUGUCUCGUUUAAGAUUAUUUUGUACAAGAACUUUGGAAGGCUGCAUUUAUUUGGUCCAAGAAAAUAAAAUAUGCAAUACGUUACCAAUCAAUUUAUGAAUCUUAGUUGACGCGUUAUUUAUAUAAAAUAUUUUAGGGAUAGUUGGAGAAAACAUUUCAAAUUCGCUUGAUAUCUUGUAAAGAUAUAGUUCCUUUGGUGCUACGGUCGUAUCUAACUGUCAUAGAACGUAGCUUUUUAGACGAAUUAGUGCAAUAAAAACUUACGUUUUCUAGGACAAUUGAAUACAAAAAAUGUAUAAGUGUCUUACCAACAACAAUUUUUAAUCAAUUUUAAUCAUGAGAAAUUAAUGAUCGUAAACUGAAAUGCACAUAUAACAUUAACCAAGGAAAUUAAAUAAAAGCAAGAUCUGUACGUGUCUUUCUUUUACAAUCAAUGAAAUAAUAAGUUAAAAUAUAUUUAUUAAAGAACAUGCAUCUUAAACACUCGAUAAAGUGUGCUUUGUACAACAAUAAUAUGUACAUUGUAGGUGAUCCAACCUGAUCGAGUUUGAUUAAACUGGUAUGUACAUUAUGUAUAUUGCAAAUAUUAUUUGAACGCAGUUCUUUACUCUCAUAAGUAACGGAAUUAAUACUCAACUUAAAUCAAGCAUUUUAAGCGACUCAAUAUAUUGUUAACAAUUAACAUUAAAAUGCAACAUAUAUUUUGAGACACUUAUCACAUUUGUAAAGAGUACUAAAUUUGUAUAAAAUAAAAAGGUAACAAAAGUUCUCAGAUACUUUAAUGAACAAAUCUGUGAAUACUAGUUUUAAAACAUAAACUAAAGUAGAAAUAACGAUUUAUCCGACGUCGAUUUUGAUUAAUAUAGGACGAGAUACUGAUUUGCUUACAACCACUUUUCGCGGUUCCAAUAUGCUAGUAUUGUUCCUUUAUACAGUAAUGAUUCACGCUAUCCAGGCGUGUCUCUAGAUCAAGCCUUAACAAGGAGUCCACUAGCAUUUUCAGACGAAACAAAAAUUUUACUCUAACAUUUUUAAAAUUAAUGACCAUUAAAUAUGCGACGAUAAGAUUGCAGAGUCUUAUAUUAAUUAAAAUUAACGCUAGGUAAUCCAUCACUUUAGGUUAUGUCUUAAAAUACACUGCGACUAAACAAUUAUUUUUCUAUUUGGAAUACUACUUUUUUAAAUGAUCAACAUAAACGAAAGAAGCACAGCGUUGCAUUUCCAAUGGCAUGCCGAAUCGAUGGGUGUUCUUAACUCUUAUUGGACUUGGAAUCUGCGUUAACUUGAAUAACGAAUAUUGGGAAACAAAAUGAAGUAAUUAUCACUCCAGAGUUAUAUAUCACUUUUAUCGUAGCUUAACGGCAAUUUCACCAAAAUUUUUUAAACAUCUACUUUUAUUCGAUAAAUUUUAGAAGCUGCAUACGCGUUUUGUGUGAAGCGUCGUAAUUGUAUUCGCGAUUUUGGUAAAAUUGUCGGUGAUGCUGUACGCCACACUAAACUGUGUUCAAAAGAUAGAUGAAAAAGAAUUCGCUCCUAAAAUAAUGAAUGUAAUACUUAGAUCAUUUCAUGUGUCUGCUGAUUUGACGUGAAUGUACAUUUCGGCAUGUAUCAAGAUACGUGAAUUGUGUUUACCGUUUCGUGCUUAGUUAAGAUUGUGUACAAGAGUGAUGUGAAUUGUCAUAGUCGAUGUUUGUGUUUAUUUUUUUCUCCAAUUAGUAUAUAAGAAUUCCAAAUGACAUUUUUCUACGAAACUGACUAAUGAAUUUAAUUACACGAUGUUGCGUGCGUCGCUAAUGACAGUCUUUGUCCUUUUUGUGCAUAAUUUUUACGUACCAGUAAGUACGAGUACAUUCACCGUGAUCGCAGACUCGAAAUGAAAUUUGAACCUGGUACAGCUCCUUUUUUGUAAUGUUAAAAAAAAACUGCAAUAUUUUUUACCAGAGGAUGGGACGAGGGACAUACGUAAAAAAAAAGAAAAUUAUCGAGCCUUAGAUCCGAAAUUGAAUAACUUUUACUAUUCAGUUUUCUUUUAGUUCAAUUUCUGUGACAAUUGUUACGAACAGUAAUGUGUAAUGUUUUUUUUUUCAUACAAUCCUUUUUAAAGUAAGAUAUCGAUACUUUAAUUAGGUAAAAUCUAACAUUCAUUGGAAAGUUACCAACGAAUAUUUUUUUUUUUUUUAUCACGUAGAAUUUAAUUUUUGCACAUCGAUUCACUUCUUCAAGCGACAUAUUUCAUUGCCAGAAAUAAUUAUGUAUAUGAGUGAAUAUCUUUUAUCUGUGAUACAUUUUUGCGGAGAAAAUCGAAAGUUAAAAAGGGAUAAAAUAUGAUUGGCCUUGCUAAACAAAUGCUUAUCAUAACUUACAAUUUCCAAAUUUGAAAGUUAAUGGACAUUCGUAGAGUUCUUAUUUGAUUAAAUUGUAUAUAUUAAUGUGUUUUGAUCUGAAUAUUUACGAUUGCAUCUUACUCGAAGAAUUGAAUCGAAACACUUUAAAAAUGAUAUUUUAUUAUUUAAAAAAAAAAAGAAACUGAAAACAUUUUGAAACGUGUAUAGGUUAAAUUGCCAUUCUUUUAUAAUGGUAAUCGUGAACAUCGUUUUCAUAUAAUAUUUUGUGUUUUAUGUUUAAAAACGUUUCAAUUCAUGAAUACUGCGAACAGAAACAAUUUAGGUAGCAAAGAAAUCCUCUAUUUUGAACCGACGUAAUAAAAAAUAAAAGUCCUUUGAAUCGAUUAAGCGGAAAAAUGAAUUUAACGAGUUAGCGCAAUUUAAACAAAAAUUACUAUUAUAUAUUUAAUUUGUUAAUGUAAUUUCCUACCUACUGCUCUAUUAAUGACAUAUGAUUAAAUUAAACGAAAGUUUUGUUAUAUUGUAAAACAUCAGUAAUGAAAUAAAGAAAAGAAUGGAAGUCGUUUUGUGAAGAAAAA